CCGACGUCACGCCGCAGCGGUGACGCACUGUCAUGGCAGCCCCCACGCUUGUGUCCGAGGCGUGAAGAAGAUCGUCCCCAGUUUGUUGGCGUCCGAUCAGAAGAUGACGAACCUGCUGCGGCUCGGAGCUUCUCUCUGGCGGCUCCACGUGCGGCCCUGUCACCAGAGCGUGUUCCGCAGCCACGCGCUGCCCCGCACGGCCGGGGUGGAGCUCGGGGAGAAGAAACUGGAGAUUUCCACGGGGAAGUUUGCCCGGUUCGCUGAUGGAUCUGCAGUCGUUCAGUUGGGGGAUACCUCGGUGAUGGCGACGGCUGUGAGCAAGACCAAACCUUCUCCGUCUCAGUUCAUGCCUCUUGUGGUGGACUACAGGCAGAAAGCUGCUGCUGCAGGUCGGAUCCCCACUAACCACCUGAGGCGGGAGCUGGGAACCACCGACAAUGAGAUCCUCACCAGCCGACUGAUAGACAGGUCCAUACGACCCCUUUUCCCUUCUUGUUACUUCUAUGACACGCAGAUCCUCUGUAACCUGCUCGCAGUUGACGGUGUCAAUGAUCCAGAUGUGCUCGCAAUUAAUGCCGCUUCUGCUGCUCUGGCUCUGUCCGACAUCCCUUGGAACGGACCCAUAGGUGCCGUGCGUAUGGGCAUGGUUGACGGACAGCUGCUGAUCAACCCCACCCGGGCCGAGAUGACCUCCAGCAGUCUCAACUUGAUUUUGGCUGGAGGUCCCAGCAGUCAAGUGGUGAUGAUCGAGGCGUCUGCUGAGAACGUGCUGCAGCAGGACUUCUGCCAUGCUGUGAAGGUGGGAGUCAAACACACCCAGCAGAUCAUACACACCAUCCAGCAGCUGGCCCGAGAACAGAGGGUCACCAAGCGCACCCCGGUCAAGGUCUUCUCAACCCCGGCUGACAUGGUGGAACACGUUCGGCAAUCAGCUAAGGAGAGGAUCUAUGCGGUUUUCACUGAUUCCAAACACGACAAGAUUUCUCGAGAUGAAGCCAUCAACAAAGUUAGACUCGAUACAGAAGAGGAUCUUAAAGCAAAAUUCCCUCAGGCUGAGCAGUUUGAGGUCAUCGAUUCCUUCAACGUUGUGAGCAAAGAAGUCUUCCGCAACCUUGUGCUGAAUGAAUACAGGAGGUGUGAUGGAAGGGAAUUGACGGCUUUGAGGAACAUCUCUUGCGACGUAGACCUCUUUAAGCCGCUCCAUGGCUCCGCCCUUUUUCAGAGAGGACAAACACAGGUGCUGUGCAGUGUCACAUUUGAUUCCCUGGAAUCCACUGUCAAAGCAGAUAUUAUCACCACAGCUCUGAGUGGAAUCAAAGACAAAAACUUCAUGCUUCAUUAUGAAUUUCCUCCAUAUGCAACCAACGAAAUUGGAAAAGUGGGCGGCACCAACAGGAGAGCGCUCGGUCAUGGGGCCCUGGCUGAGAAGGCUCUGAGACCAGUCAUUCCCAAAGACUUCCCAUUCACUAUCAGGGUCACUGCUGAGGUGUUAGAGUCCAACGGAUCCUCCUCGAUGGCCUCAGCGUGUGCAGGCAGCCUUGCACUGAUGGAUGCAGGUGUCCCCAUCUCCUCUGCUGUGGCAGGUGUGGCCAUCGGCCUCAUCUCCAAGGCCAACGCAGAGAAACCCACUGAGAUCCAAGACUACAGAUUACUCACCGAUAUUCUGGGAAUAGAGGAUUACCUCGGAGACAUGGACUUCAAACUGGCAGGAACAAACAAGGGCAUCACUGCUUUACAGGCUGAUGUGAAGAUAGCAGGUCUGCCUCUGAAGUUGGUCAUGGAGGCGAUCCAACAGGCCACAGUGGCAAAGAGGGAAAUCUUGGGCAUCAUGAACAAAUCCAUAGUCAAACCUAGAGAGACGAGGAAAGAGAACGGACCCGUUAUCGAAACUGUCCGGGUGCCUGUUUCAAGACGAGCUCGCUUUGUCGGUCCCGGUGGCUACAACCUCCGCAGGUUACAAGCUCAAACAGGUGUGACAAUAAGUCAGGUGGAUGAGGAGACUUUCUCUGUGUUCGCUCCGUCACCGGGAGCCAUGAACGAAGCUCAAGACUUCAUCGGCGAGAUCUGCAAAGAUGAUCAGGAACAGCAGCUGGAGUUUGGUGCCAUCUACACUGGCACCAUCACUGAAAUAAGAGACAUUGGUGUGAUGGUGAAACUUUAUCCCAACAUGAGUGCCGUCCUGCUGCACAACUCACAACUGGACCACAAACGGAUCAAACAUCCAAGUGCUUUGGGUUUAGAUGUGGGACAGCAGAUACAGGUCAAGUACUUCGGACGAGACCCGACGGACGGUAGAAUGAGACUCUCCCGCAAGGUGCUCCAGUCGCCUGCUGCCACCAUCGUCAAGACAUUAAGUGAGAAACAGAGCAUCUCCAUGGGUCCAAACAGCAGCCAGCCGACCGGCACCGAUUCAUGACAAGUCAACAGAAGAGACUGACUUCUGUGUAAGAAGAAAAGAAGAAAAAACACAAGCGAUUUUUCUACAACCUGUUGAGAAAUCAGCCAAACCAAGAUCAUCGGAUUUUCUCACAAACUGAACCAGUGUUAGUCACAAAGAACGUUUCCCAGUUGUGGGUAUGGACGUGAUAAAACUGCUCCGGAAACCACUUCACCGUAGUGUCCUGCUUCGAUGGCUGUGCACAAACCUUAAAUAGUAAUGAGUGUGCGACAUAUCAUCUGAGUAUCCUCUUAAAUUGUGUCUUGUUUUCACCUCAGCCAUCAACAGCAUCUAGUGGAGGGCUCAUUUCAUUUUAGAUUUCUUCAGAACCGUCAUGUUGCAGCGUUUACCUGCAGAUCUACAACAACAAUGGUUUUAUUUAUCUGUGUGAUAAGUUGCAUCUUGCUGUAAAGAACUUACAAGCAAAGAGAUAAAUGUCCCAAUUCUUUUUUCUUUUUUUUAUUAUAUUCUCUUUAUUGUGCUUUGUUUGUAAUAUAUGUAAAUAAAUCAAUAACUGGU